CCGGUCACCAAGGCCUACCGCAACCAGGACUUUCUCAACUCGGCCCACGCGCGGCACCUGCGGAUCCUCGCCGAGUACGAGGAGACGAUGCAGCGCCUCCGCGCCUCCGGCGUGCGCGCCACCAUCCAGGUCUUUGGCUCGGCUCGCGCCAAGGACAGGGGGCAGUAUGACCGGUCCAUGGCUGAGCUGGUGGAGCAGCUCGAGGCAGCGAAGCCCGGCUCGGAGGAGCAUGCUGAGGUGGAGGAGCGCAUCACCAAGCUCAAGUCGAUCGAGUGGAUGUGCGAUUACAUGGCCAGCAUCGAGGAGCUGGCGCGCCGGCUCACCGAGUGGUCGAUGGGCAAACGCCAAUCGCGGCAGAUGUCGCCCGUGCCGCACCGCCGCUUCGCCUACCUCCCACACUCGUCGGAGGACAACCACCCCGAGUCGCGCGCGCCCAAGGCGGCCAAUCUCUUCAUCGCCACCGGCGGCGGGCCUGGCUUCAUGGAGGCGGCCAACCGCGGCGCGUCGCGCGUGCCGGGCGGACGCUCGGCGGGCAUGGGGAUCUCGCUGCCGUUCGAGACCGGCCUGAACCCGUACGUCACGCCGGAGCUCGCCUUCGAGUACCACUACUUUUUCACGCGCAAGUUCGCAAUGGCCUACUACAUGCAGGCGCUGGUCGCCGCGCCGGGCGGUUUCGGCACCAUGGACGAGUUCUUCGAGCUGAUCACGCUCAAGCAGACGGGCAAGAUGAACCAGGCGAUGCCGGUCGUCCUCUUUGGCAAGAAGUACUGGAACACGGUCGUCAACUGGCACGCGAUCGCUGACUUCGGCACCAUCAACCGGAAGGAGGUGGACGAGAUCCUCUUCACUGACUCGGUGGACGAGGCCUUCGACUACAUC